AUGAAGGAAAGUGUAAAAAAAAAAUUUAUUUAUGAAAAUGAGAAAAUAUAUGUAAUAUAUGACGAAAUUUAUGAUACUUAUAGAAAAGAAAAAAGGGGAAGGAAUUAUUACCAGAAAAUUAUAAGAUAUCCAAACCCAUUAGUAUUAAUUGUAAGAGUAUUAACUGAACUAUAUAACCUGAAAGAUAAAGUCGAAUAUAUUUCUUGUAGUUCUUAUGAAAUAAUAAAACCAUAUAGUUAUUUUAAUGGAGAAAAAAAGAGUAUUUAUGAAACAUUAUUUCUAAUAUAUUCAAUGAAUAAUAAAAAUGAUUUACAAAUGGAAAAUAGUUAUAUGACAAUUGACAGUGAUGUAUGUAACGGCGAUAGGAUUAUACCCUCAAAAAAUAUAGCUAUUGGUGUUCAUAUGGACAUAAGGUUAUUUCACAUUUUAAGCGAAUUUCAUGAUAUAUACGAAUAUUUUUUGUUUCUUUAUAAAAACUGUUAUGAAAAUUAUACUCGUCAAUUUUUUAUAAAUAGUAAUUAUAAUAUACUAAAAGGUUACAUAAAAUUAUAUUAUAUGACCAAUUAUAUCAAUAAAAAGUUUAGGAAUAUAUCUUUCGAUACGAUACUAAACAAGUUCAUUAAAUUAUUGAAUAUAUUCAUUCAGGGUGAUAAAAAUUAUCUAGAAAUAGAAUAUAUAAUUUUUUAUGUGUAUUUUUAUGUGUUUUUAAAUAUUCCUAUGCCCAUAUAUCCUUGGGAUGAUAAUAGUAGAAAUGAUAUAUUAAGUAGAAAAAUAUUGAAAGAUGGAAAUAUUAAUACGAUUAUUAGUCAAGUCCAAAGUAGUAAAAAUAAUUUCUUUUCCUAUAUUAUAAACAAUUCAACAAUAGACACAAAUGGUUAUUAUGAAACGUGUGAUUUUAAUAUAGCCAUAUUGCUCAUUAAUGAAAAAGAAGUAAAAAAUAGUGCUUUAAUAAAUGGUGAUAGUAGUGAAAAUGUUCCUAAUAAAAAACAAUAUAAUUUUUUUUUUGAGAAGAAAGAUAAAUAUAUUAAUUUGAAUGAAUAUAUCUUGUAUAAAAAUAUAGGUUAUAAUUCUUUAAAACAAUUUUACAAACCGCAUUUUUAUUAUUUAACCAUUUUGAAAAAAAUGUUUGUAUUUCACAAUAAAAUGAAAAUCAUGCAAUAUUUUUUCCAUGAAUCAGCAAUUCGAGUAGUUGAUAUGGACAAAUACUACAAAUAUUACGUUAAAGGGGGUUAG